AGAAGCUCCUUUCUCAUGUUUUGCAGAGAGGAGGAGAAGGAGGAGGAGGAGGAAGAAGAAGAAGAAGAAGACGAGCAGGAGGAAGAGAGAACGGCAAUGGAAGGCCAUGGCAAAACUUCAACUGCCCUUGCAUACUGUGUCACCGGGGCGACGGGCUAUCUCGGGUCCUGGUUGGUGAAGUCUCUUCUCCGACGCGGCUACGAGGUCCACGCCGCGGUCCGCGAUCCCGCUAAAUCAUUGCAUCUGCUAUCGACGUGGGAUGGCGGUGAGCGCUUGAAGUUAUUCCGAGCUAGUUUGCAGGAUGACGGGAGCUACGACGAGGCGGUUGAGGGCUGCAACGGCGUCUUUCACGUCGCCGCCUCGAUGCAAUUCGAUGUUCACGAGUGCACCGAUGCGUAUGUCCAUUCGAACAUCAUCGAUCCGGCGGUCCGGGGCACCCUGAACCUCCUGAAAUCAUGCCUGAAAUCGAAAUCAGUGAGGAGGGUGGUGUUCACAUCUUCCAUCAGUACAGUGACUGCCAAGGACAGUGCAGGGAAUUGGAGAGAUGUUGUUGAUGAAUCUUGCCAGACUCCUAUUGAUCAUGUGUGGAAGACUAGAACCAGUGGAUGGGUUUAUGUGCUGUCGAAGCUCCUAACGGAGGAAGCAGCAUUCCAAUUUGCAAGAGAGAAAGGGAUCGACAUUGUAUCGGUGGUCACCGCCACAGUUGGCGGCCCGUUCCUCACCUCUUCUGUUCCUUCCAGCACACGAGUUCUCCUGUCCCCAGUCACAGGCGAAGUCGAGAUGUUCCGGAUAUUAUCUGCUGUGAACUCCAGGAUGGGAUCGGUCGGUGUAGUCCACAUUGAAGAUGUAUGCAAUGGUCACAUUUUCUUGAUGGAGCAUGCCAAGGCAGAGGGCAAAUACAUAUGCUGUGCUGAAAGCUGCCCCAUGUCGAAGUUGAUCCGAAACCUCGCCAAAAAUUAUCCACGCUCGGAUAUAACAAGUGUCAGGCUGGUGGAUCAGCAGAACGAGUCAGUCCCAGCUGAGAUUUCUUCGAAGAAAUUGAGGGACCUGGGGUUCAGCUAUGAGCAUAGAGCAGAGGACAUCAUACAUGAAACUGUGACUGCCUGCAUAAACUUUGGCUUUCUUCCUCCAUUAGCAACUUAAAAACUUGGUCUUCUGUUUUGCAAUCUGUGAAGCCAAAUUCCAAUGGGGCUAUAAAACUGGAAAAAACAAACGAUUCAGUUCUGGCUGAAUUGGAAAGGAUGGAAGUUCUGGAGUUGGGGUUAGAGCUGUCUUACUCUUACCCCAUAUGUAAUGCGAUACAGUUUGACACCAAACACUACAAAGUCAAUUCUCCCGGGACCAUUCGACCAUGUUUGUCGGAUGUUGAACCAGAUUAAAGUAAUGUUUUUGCUGU